AUAAUUCGCGCACUGAUCAUCAGUAGACUAGAAAGGGCAAGCAAGAACUCUGGUAUUUCUGUACUUCCAGCACUUUUGGUCGUGUUCUGUUGACUUUGUUUUACCCGUCUAUCCCUGUGUGUACAGUCUGGCUCGGUGUUCAGUAAUCCGCGCCGUCCAUGAUUUCCCCACAACCCUACUAAUGCCCCAAAGCUGCAGCUGCCACCCCGGCCGGCCGCGGAGCGCCACACGCUGCCAGUCGCUACAUUGAUCAAUAAUUGACCAGCUCGACGCCUCCCCGACCCGCUACCCCGGUGCAGCAUCGGGUCGACUGAACCGAUAUUUACUCGCUCGGAAGGGACGUUUAUUCUCCCGUGCUUUAAAUGCAGCCUCAGUAAGCUUUAGCCAACAGGCAUAAGAUCCCUUCGGUGCGUCUACGGAUUAGACUGUCGCAAUGUGCGCUGCGCGUAUUGGUGCCUGACUGCAACGGCAUUUGUGGACGCCUCUCGCGUUCUUCUGUCCGGGAACAGCGGGGGUCCCGUUAUGGUGCGGACAGUCGGAGUAUCGAAAGAGGGAGAUGCAGUCAAGGCGAACAGGAACUGACUUCAGGACAUAAAGACGAAGAAAAUCACUCACUGUCACGCAGAACGUCUUCGUACAAGCAGUUCUGCCACCACCGGCGCUCGCGGAGAAUUUCAACCGAGCUUGUGAAUUCCCCGGCCGGUGCCGACAGCGAGGCUCCAUCGUCCGGCCGAUGACAGCAGGAGAAAUAUAUUUUAACAGUUUAGGCUACAUUAUACGCACAGAGCCCGGGGACGGCGAUAAUCCAUCGUUCCGUAAAGCGUUACUUUUACAGACGGAACGAGCUGUGGGAAACUUGAGUUCUUUUUUCGCUUCCGGUAUCACCGAAGAAACCGACUGGUGCACCCGCUCCCUCUCCUCUUCUUUUGGACGCUGAAGGUUUAAAGAAAAAUGGGUCUUUGAGGAGUGCUGGCAAAUUCCCCUCAACUACAAUGGCCACAGAAUCGUAUCUGGUGCAUGAAGGUCCCCAUCGAGGUCCAGGCAUCUCAGAGUGUUUCCUAGUGCCUGAAUCCUACAGGGAUGAAUUCCAUCCCUUCAUCGAGGCUCUUCUCCCACACGUGCGGGCGUUCUCCUACACCUGGUUCAACCUGCAGGCCCGCAAGCGCAAGUACUUCAAAAAGCACGAGAAGCGCAUGUCCAAGGAUGAGGAGCGCGCCGUCAAAGAUGAACUCCUGGGCGAGAAGCCCGAGAUCAAGCAGAAGUGGGCGUCGCGACUGCUGGCCAAAUUGCGCAAGGACAUCCGGCCGGAGUUCCGUGAAGACUUCGUGCUCACCAUCACAGGGAAGAAGCCGCCUUGCUGCGUGCUGUCCAACCCCGACCAGAAAGGCAAGGUCCGCCGCAUCGACUGCCUGCGGCAGGCCGACAAGGUCUGGCGCCUAGACCUGGUGAUGGUGAUCCUGUUCAAGGGGAGCCCACUGGAGAGCACGGACGGAGAGAGACUGAUCAAGUCCCCGCAGUGCUCGAACCACACCCUGUGCGUGCAGCCGCACCACAUCGGAGUGUCCGUCAAGGAGCUGGACCUGUACUUGGCCUACUUCAUCCACAUGCCAGAAUCUGGGCAAUCAGACAAUUCCAAUCAACAAGGAGAAUCGGACAUCAAACCCCCACCAAACGGACAUCUGAGUUUUCAGGACUGCUUUGUGACUUCAGGGGUGUGGAACGUAGCCGAGCUGGUACGAGUGUCUCAGACCCCCGUUGCAACAGCAUCAGGUCCUAAUUUCUCUCUCGCAGAUCUGGAAAGUCCCGGUUACUACAAUAUCAACCAAGUAGCACUCGGCCGACGUUCGCUUGCCUCUCCUCCAUCCACAAGGUCUGAGGUGGAGCUGUACGCCAGUCUUCCUCGGAGCUCUAAUAAGCGUAAGUCUAUAGAUGACAGUGAGAUGGAGAGUCCUGUCGAUGAUGUCUUCUACUCCAGUCGUUCUCCAGCCGGCACCAGCUCCCAGUCCAGCGGCUGGCCGAAUGAUGUUGAUGCAGUUGCAGUGCAGCACCAUUUGACGAGUGUUCAAGAGAGGAAGAUAAAACAUGAGAAUGAUGGUGUGCAGUUUCCUUACCAUGGCCUGUCCUCUCCUGGGUCUCUAAAGAAGCCAGCGGGGAAAUUCGAUUUCAGCACCCUGUCAGCACAGACGAGGUCCCCCCGAAUGGCCUUCACACACCACCCGCUGCCCAUGCUGGCAGGCGUGAGACCAGGGAGUCCGCGUGCCUCAGCUUCUGCCCUUCAUUUCCCUGCUCCCUCCAUCAUCCAGCAGUCCAGUCCAUACUUCACCCACCCCACCAUCCGCUAUCACCACCAUCAGGAUCCGCUCAAAGAGUUCGUCCAGUUCGUCUGUGCUGACGGCUCAGGGCAGCCGGGGGCACAGCCUAACGGGAGCGGUCAGAACAAACUGCCCGGCUCCUUCUUACUGCCACCUCCUCCUCCUCCGGUAGCGCGGCCGGUACCGAUGCCCCUCCCCCUGCCCGAGCACAAACCCAGCCACACACACCCCGAGAGCGGAGUCGGCUCACCGGCCUCGCCCUCAGCAUACCCAGCGCCAGGCUCCACAGCUUCCAACAGGUUUGUCGGCAUCGGAUCACGGGACAACAACUUUCUGAACAUCCCACAGCAGACUCAGUCAUGGUUCCUUUGACGAGACUUUUCAUGAACCACACAGACAGAAAUCCACAAUGAAAACUGGAAAUGGAGUCACAAAGCUAAGUAUGGAACUUUUCCACAUGCCCCCUUUAAAGUCACACACACACAAAACACGUGCACAAAUACACACUCGAUUCCCCAAACCGCUGACACCCUCUUUGGAUCGAGGGAUCUGGAAGACUUCAGCCUUACCCUGCCAGUCUGGAUGGCUCGGAGAACCAAACAAAGGAAUGAAACACCGACAUCGUCAUUGUGUUCCCGAGACAUCCAGCAUAUCGACCAAUCCUGUUUACCUUCCUUUAAUUUGUUCAUCCACCAGUCAUAUGCCAUGUUGAGGAAAAUCCAUCUCUUCCCAGUCAGAACUCUAUUUAGAAAUUGAAAUCAUUGAAGAGGGACAAUUGAAAUGGACAUGUAACUUGGAUGAUGUCAGACACAUGUGAUUGGAUGGAGAGACUUGGCUGAAGCCUUCUGAUUGGCUCAGGCUUAGACUUCCUAAUCUGGAUUUGAUGAUUUUGGUGAUGCCCACCAGUGCAGUGUGAACUCGGCAUCCUCUCACUGUUUACCAGUUGACAAGCAAUAGACUGUGUGCGAAACAACAGAUAACACUAACCGAGUGCAAUUCACCUAAACAUAUGAUUUCAUAUGAUUAAUGAUAAGCGAUGACAGAAGCUUUGGCCUUAGAUUUGCGAUGUGGAGUGAGGCUACAUGUUUGUAAGGUAAAACACACACACAGAGGAGUUCCAGCAGAGCAAUACACACACGUCGAUGACAUGGCUACACUGAGACAAUAGACUGAGACACACAUCACAGCAUCAUAUAGACAGCUGAUGACAGGAAUGGGAAGGGUCAAGCACGAGUGACCUUAAUGUCAAGCUUGUGACUCAACGAUCAUUUUUCAUUUAGUAGUGUUUUAAAUGAUUAAAAGGCCAGUGAUUUGAGUCAUAAAACUGAUUUGCCUGAACUAAUGAGGGUUUUGGUGCAUGCACCUCUGACCUCUUCGCUACCAUCGAUCAAUCUGAAUGCUUGUGCAUCAAUAUCCUACAGUCGGCCCUGCAAACAAGGGCUUCUUCUGCUUUACUUUGCAUUUCGUUUGGUUUUGCAGUACUUUUUUUUUUGUUUUUUUGAUGAAUGUCAAAAAAACCUUUCCAGGUCAUAUU